AUGACAGCUAUAGUGCGAUUGUCAGUUGCAAGAGGAGGCUUCAAGGGCUUCGAGAUUAAUGAGAGGGAGUCGUUUGAUCUGCUUCACUUUGGAGAUGAUACCGUCUUGGUAGGUGAAGGGAGUUGGAGUAAUUUGUGGGCGUUGAAAGUAAUUUUGAGAGGAUUUGAAAUGGUUUCAAGACUUAGAAUCAACAUGUGGAAGAGGUAUUUAGAAGGGUGUUACGUUAAUUUGGUGGAGGGAUAUGAUGGAAUUGGUGAUGAUUUAGAGGAGAGUGGUUUGGUCCAAAUGUUGUCAUUUAAAUUUGGAGAUGGAACAAAAACACCAUUUUGGUAUGGGAAGUGGAUCGAUCAUGAAUCAUUGAGGUUAGCCUUUCUUCUUACUGCUGAUUGUGAUGGUUGCGUAGCAUCGAUGGGUGAGAGAGUGAAUAGAGCAGUAGCAACGGUGGAAAACAUAAUGCCAGAUAAUAGACUAGUAAUAAAGGAAAUAUGGACAACAGGGAUGCCGUCGAAAGUGAAUAUUUUUGCUUGGAGAUUGUUACAAGACAGAUUGCCAACUAGAACGCAACUCCUAAAGAGAGAAAUAAUAGCUGACAAUGAAGAUUGCUUGUGUGUAUAUGGCUAUCCAAUUAAAGAAGAUAUUAAUCAUCUAUUCAUGUAUUGUGUUAAAUUGAAAGAGGUGUGGGAAAGUAUACAUGUGUGGCUGGGUUUACCUUUGGUGCAUGAGGCUGAUUGUGCUAGCUUUUUUCUGAAGAUUAUGGUAGAACUGAAAACAAAAUGUUCACCAAAGAGACCAGGAGCUAUUUGGGCAGCAGUUUGUUGGUGCAUAUGGAAACAAAGAAACGACAUUAUCUUCAUCAAUGCUUUGGAAGAUGUGGAUGAAAUUGUUCACAAUGUUAAGAUGUAUCUAUAG